AUGAACUCAAUUGUAUUGAAUUGUUCUGAAGAAGAUUUUGAACUGAUAGUUGAAAAAGCUAAAGAAUAUGGGAAUAUCAAGCAAAUUAAUUGACCUUAUCAGGCAUUUGAUUUCGCUAUAGAUAAUCAAAUAAAAAUUGUGUAUGAAUCUAAUGAAGAUGCAAUUAAUGCUUUACAAAUGUUUGAAGAUAAAUCUGAAAUUGGGUUUUAUAUAAACUUAGAUGAAGUUUCUAUUAUGGAAGCAGGAUUGUCUAGUAACCAAUUGUCAAAAUUAUCAAUUGAAAAUUUAUACAUAGCAUUUGGAUCUUUAUCGCCUGAGAAGCUGGAUGUAUUAGACUUCUUUUUAGGAUUCCCAAACUUUUUGGCUGAAUGCGAUUUCCGUUUUUUUGUCAGAAAUAGAUUUACGGACAUUUUUUAAGAUUUAAACAUAUUUUAGCAAAAGCAGCUAAAUUUCAACCAAAUAGGAUAAAAAAAAUAGACCAAACAAUCGGCUGGAUAUUAAAAGGUGCAAAAAUCAUACACCGAACUUUUCAUAUACACAAACAUUUUACGAUAUUUUAGAUGAGAAUGCUGAUUUAGUUCUUUCAGAUUUGCAUGAGCACUUGGCAAGAAUUAAAAUAAAUGGAUCCAUUUGUAUCAAUUGCCGUUCAGAUAUCACAUUUGAUUUCUUUAAAAAUAUUGAUGCAAUCCCAAAUGAAAAUUGAUCCAUUUGUAGUAAAUCUACAAAUUUCAGCCAGAAAAUUACUCAAAAUAUUUUUGAAUGCAUCUUAAAACUAGCAGGAAAAAGAAUAAACAUUGUUUUUCGAGAUCUAAACUUUGCAUAUUGGCCAGGAUUUUCAAUAGUGGUAAAAUUUUUCAAUUUCAAUAAUUCCCCAAAAUUGAUCAAACAACCCACAUUGCCAAUCAAAUGAUGGGGUUAAUGAAAAAAAAAUUAUAUAACUCCUCCUACCACAUUUAAAUUGAAAUAAAAAAUACUGAUCCAAUUUAAAGGGGGAUAUAAUUGAUAUAAAUUUUAUAAUUUUAAAAAAAAAGACUCUUAAAUAAAUGCAAUAUUUUUGAAUUUUAAUUAGAACUCAUUCAAGAAAUUAAUCGAUUGAGUAUCUAAAAUAUUUAUAUAUCAUUCUACUUGAACUAGUUCAUUAAAUAAGGUCAAAACUAUUUAUAUUAAAAAAUAAGCUUUUUCACUUAUUAAAAUUUCCAUCGAAAAAUUAAAAAUUUUUUUCCCAAUUUAAGGGAAAUUUAUCGAUAUUUUGUUCCAAUUUAAAAGGGGAGGGGAAUAAGUUUUUCUAUUAAUAUAAUAUAGAUUGAAAAUUUUUUAAUAUAAAAAAUUGUUUUUAUCCACAAGAGACAGAGUAUGAAAUAUAUUAGAAAAUGUGCUAAAAAUCGUAUUUUAUUUUUGAGAGGCAGUUAUACUUAAAUAUCUCUAAUAUUCAUUAUUAUAAAAUAUAGGUAUAUAAAAUUGAGAUGGUUACAUUUGUUGGGAAUUUUAAUAAAAUCGUUUAAUCAAGCAUGGGAAAGAUUAACUCCCCCCCCCCCUCCGUGAGCGAACAAAACCAUUAGAAAAAUCGCCAUUUUUUGACCAAAAACCCACCCUCCGUGAGUGAACAAAAAUUUUUUUAAUAGAAAAAAUUUUAAUGGAAAAAAAUUUUGAUAUAUAAGUGAUAAUUAGUAUAAUGAAAUCUAGAGCUAAUUCUGUUUAAUUUUAAACAAAUUGCGUUUUAAAACAUAAAUUUUGCAAAUUAAAUUAAUAUUUGCUUCCCAAUUUUUGCAAAUUAGGAUUUUUUUAAAUUUCGAAAAAAAUAUUUUUUAUAAAAUUUAUAUAUAAAUUUUUUUUUAAAAAAAAAAAUUAACCCCCCUCCGUGAGCGAACAAAAUUUUUUUGUUCGCUCACGGAGGGGGGGGGGAGUAAGCAAUUUUUUAUAUAUGCUUUAUAUGCAGCUAGGAUAUUGAAGAUUGAGCACUGAUGAUUUCAUUUUGAGAAAGCAGUUGAUCUAGCUGAUUUAACAAAAGUUAUUCCCCAAAGUUCUUGUGUAGCAUGCAAUAUCAUGAUUAAAGAAUUUUUUGUUAUUGAUGAAGGAUCAAAUGAUGGAAAAGACUCAGUCAUGGCAGUGCUAAAAAAAAGAACAGAAAUAGCAAAAUCUUUAAAGUUUAAAAUAGACACGGGCGAUAUCAUUGAGUUUGUAGUCUCAUGCAAGAAAAAAGAAUUUGGAAGCAUAAUAUCAGAAAUUUUAAUUUGUGGAGGGAAGCCUAAUGAAGUUUCGAGUGUUACUUUUUCUUUUAAAUUUAGGGGUUAUAAGAGUUACAAUAUAAUGUAA